AUAAGGUAACUGGGUUGUGGGAAGAAAAUCAUUGGAUUGAAGGUUGACACAAUGAACCAUUGAAUCUAUCCCAAUAGAAUUCAGUUCCCACGAGACAAAAAGCACCACAUUUGCCCAAGAAAUGAAGUGGGCACAUCAUUGUGUCCUGCAUGGCCUUCUUCAACCCACGCCUUUUGGCCAACAUGGCCUCCACAUCUUCUUCACCUUCCAACCACAUCAAAACAUUGGUUUCAAAGGGUCUUUAUCACUACACACUUCAAUUUUUCACUGAACUUCAUCUCUAUGACCACUGUUCCAUCUCCUCUGCUCUUCCAUCAGUGAUCAAGGCAUGCUCCUCUGCCCAAUAUCAUGCUUUUGGCACACAGCUUCAUUGCUUUGCUCUCAAGACAGGCUCCCAUUCUGAACCAUUUGUGUCCAAUUCCAUCAUCUCCAUGUAUGCCAAGUUUUCAGACAUCGAAUCGGCACGGCAAGUGUUUGAUACAAUGCCUCACAGAGACCUCAUCACCUGGAACUCAAUGAUUAAUGGUUAUUUGCAAAAUGGGUGCUUGGAAGAAGCUUUGGAAACGUUUAAAGAUGUGUACUUGAUUGGUCUUGUUCCCAAGCCUGAGUUGCUAGCAAGCAUGAUAUCCUUCUGUGGUAGAAAAAUGGGUUCAAGGGUAGGGAGACAGAUUCAUGCUCUUCUUGUUGUUGAUGAAAGGAUAAAACAGUCAGUGUUUCUGUCAACAGCUCUUGUGGAUUUUUAUUUUAGGAGUGAUGAUUCUUUGAUGGCUUUGCGUGUUUUUGAUGGAAUGGAGGUGAAAAAUGAGGUUUCCUGGACUGCUAUGAUAUCUGGGUGCACAGCUAAUCAAGAUUAUGAUGAAGCCUUUGCAUGCUUUCGAGCAAUGCAGCUUGAGGGAGUUAGACCAAAUAAAGUCACAUCAAUUGCUCUGUUACCAGCUUGUGCCAAGUCAGGCUUUUUUAAGCAUGGAAAGGAGAUUCAUGGCUAUGCCUUCCGUCAUGGGUUUGAGUCAAGCCCUAAUUUUUCAUCAGCUCUCAUAAAUAUGUAUUGUCAGUGUGGAGAAUCACCUCACCAUGCUGAGCUAAUUUUCGAAGGGUCUAGUUCUAGAGAUGUGGUGUUGUGGAGUUCAAUCAUUGGGAGCUAUUCUCGAAGAGGGGAUAGCUACGAAGCAUUGAAGCUUUUUAACAGGAUGAGGACUGAAAAAACUGAACCAAACUAUGUAACUUUGCUCGCAGCUAUAUCUGCCUGCACAAAUUUAUCUUCACUGAAGCAUGGAUGUGGACUCCAUGGCUAUAUCUUCAAAUUUGGAUUUAGUUGUAAUACCUCUGUGGGCAAUGCACUUAUAAAUAUGUAUGCCAAAUGCGGUUGUCUGGAUGGUUCUUGUAAGAUAUUCCUAGAAAUGCCGAGUAGAGAUUCUGUUACAUGGAGUAGUUUGAUCAGUGCCUAUGGCUUUCAUGGAUGUGGAGAACAAGCUUUACAACUUUUUCAUGAAAUGAAAGAGAGAGGAGUGAAGCCUGAUGCAAUCACCAUCCUUGCAAUUUUAUCGGCUUGCAAUCAUUCUGGCCUUGUAACUGAGGGACAACGGAUAUUCAAACAAGUUAAUGAAGAUUGUGAAAUUCCGUUAACUAUGGAGCAUUAUGCUUGCCUAGUUGAUCUUCUUGGAAGGUCAGGUAAACUUGAAGAUGCUUUGGAAAUACUGAGAACAAUGCCCAUGAAACCGAGUGCAAGAAUGUGGAGCUCUCUUGUAUCGGCUUGUAAGCUUCAUGGAAGACUGGACAUUGCUGAAAUGCUAGCCCCACAACUUAUAAGAUCAGAACCAAAUAACGGUGCUAAUUACACAUUGCUGAAUAUGAUCUAUGCCGAGCAUGGUCAUUGGCUUGAUAUAGAACAAGUGAGGGAAGCCAUGAAACUACAAAGGUUAAAGAAAUGCUAUGGGUUCAGCCGCAUUGAGGCUGGAGAUGAGAGUUUCUAGCAAAGCAGAAAGUAGCCAGCUUUAUGCAGGAGCAGGAAAAACGUUCGCAUACGAUUAUGGAUAACAAUAUAUUGUACGCUGCUUACUCUACUAUUAAUAAAUACCAGGUUUACUUUUUCUGCUAAGAUAAACAAGUUCACAUAUGUCCUCAAGGUGGGUUCGAUGAAAGAAGCAAUGCAAGUUCACGGGUCUAUCAUAUGAUAGCAUCUUUGCUUGAUAGGAUUCUCGACAAAAAAUUACUUACAGCACUCCGAGGCAUUACCAGGAACAGAAAAAGUUGACUCCAGCUCAAACAAAUAGUACCUAGUAACUAGUGAAAGGAAAAUUAUGAAUGAAAGUCUAUACAUGGUCUAGGUAUAUACAGCUUUCCCGAAAUGGAGGUUAAAAAGGAACAGCAAAAAUUCACAUGAAUAUUGAUAGCUUCUAAGCAAAAGAGUCACAAUUUAUUCAAUACAAACAAAGGCUUCACGAACAACCUCCAUACACAGAAGAACUGGGCCUAGAAUCUCAUCCUGCAGUAAAGAUAUCCAUCAUGAAUUUAUCACAGGGUAGGUCAAACUUUUAUCAUUGACAACCCAUGAGGCACCAGAAUUUAAUUCUGAGAACAUAAUUAAAACUACCUUGUAGCAUCCCAUAUCAACUGUGACAUCUGAUAAAAUGGUGGGACCAAUGAAGUUUCCAUGUUCAUAUCCUGGAACCUAUAGAGCAACAUUUCAUGUAUGCACAAGCAUUAGGAUUUAUGAACAAGGCUUCAUAUAACCUCUCAUGACACAAAUGUCCAUAGCAGCAUUAUACAAGUAAAAGGAAUUUAUCUACUUGACACAUUUACAUGCCACAAUAUGCUACAUCAUACAAAGCACAACCUUCAAAAUUGAGGAAUCACUGGAUAUUUGCUUGUCUGCUGAAAAGAUCACAAAAUCUAAUAGUAUUACAAGUACAGAGUAGCAAUUCCUUUCUUCAUUCAUACAUGAUUUUGUUCCUUUUACAGUUCAUUAUCUUCCUGAAAAAUUCAGGUAUCUUCAGAAAAAUGUUGGAAGUGUUAUCUAAUUCUAUAAGAAUCAAUUUAUUCCAUAACAGUCACUGGAACUUACGUCAAGCUGAGACUUGUGCAUCCAUGAUAGCUGACUGACACAUGUGAUCAACAGUGACACAAACCCAGCUAGGUUUCCAAUCGUGUUAUCAAAUUACUAUCCUAAACCAUCAAUUUGAAUGGUGUCCCCUAAAAAUUCAUUUCUUCAAUCCCCCGUUAUGGAAAUUUACUAACAUUUAGAUGGCUAUUUCAUAUGCUUGCCUUCUUGUCUAAAACGUUGCAUCACUCUCUUUACUAAAAAAAAAAAAAUAACGUAGCUGUCAAAACAAAGCACCU